AUGACCCUGCUCAUUUACUUGGGAAACUACCGCUAUUGUACUGCCGUCAAUUAUGGUACACGAACAACAAAGAUUAGCUCAAUUAGGUGGUCGAAAGCACACGAUUGGGGGUUAACAAAGAAGCAGACAACCCACCUGGUUGACCUCAUUAGUAGCUACGGUUACGGCCACUACACGGACAGCUCCCAACUCUCGGACAGUUUCCAUGUGGCAGUAAGUGUUGGUGUGCGUCGGCUGUUUGGAUUACCAUGUUGGUGUCAAGAGAAGGAUUGA